AUGUUAAGCUCUCAGAUUCAAACACUAAAUUUUACAAAACCCUUCUUUCUUUUACCAUCAAAAUCUUCUCUUCCUAGCCAAGGAAAAAUAUCCUUCCCUACUUAUAAGCAGAAGAAAUGUUUCCCUAGGGGCAAAACAAGCUUUAGUGUAUGUGCUAGUGGCAGUACGAGAACCAUCAUUGAUAAGGCAAUCUCAACAGCAAUAAAUUACACAGAAGCUGUUUUAGUGAAGGCAACUAUUACUGUUAAAUUACCAGUUAGUUUGCUCAUCUCUGCUAGUCUUGGCACUAUGACACAACCUCCUGAUAAGAUAUCAGAAAUCUUUUGUAAAAAUCUGCAUUUGGAGCUUGUAAGCGCGGAGCUUCAUCCCAAAACGGGGCUGGAGAAGGAUACAGUGAAGGCUUCUGAUCAAAUUGAUCUAGGGAUCCAUAAAAUUCGUGAGGUGAAGUUAGAGGCAAAUUUCGAGGUUCCAGAAGGGUUUGGUGAGGUUGGAGCUGUGCUUAUAGAGAACGAACACAACAAGGAAAUCUUUAUCGACAGCAUAGUUCUUGAAGGCUUUCCAAAAGGGUCUGUUGCUAUUUCAUGCAAAUCAUGGGUUCAAUCCAAAAAUGAUGACCCCAAGAAGAGGAUAUUCUUUACCACCAAGUCAUACUUACCAGUAGACACACCGGAUGGAUUGAAGAGGCUAAGAGAGGAGGAGAUGGAAAAUCUAAGAGGAAAUGGACAAGGGGAGAGAAAGUAUUUUGAGAGGAUCUAUGACUAUGAUGUAUAUAAUGAUCUUGGAGAUCCAGAUACCAGUGAUGAUCUAGCAAGACCUAUUCUUGGUGGCAAGGAGCACCCAUACCCCAGGCGUUGCAGAACAGGACGUCCUCGCACCGAAACGGAUCCAUUAACAGAAUCAAGAAGCGAGUAUGUGUAUGUACCCAGAGAUGAGGCAUUUUCAGAGUUGAAGCAAGUAACAUUUGGUGUAAAUCGACUAAAAUCUCUAUUAUGCACGCUAGUGCCCAUGUUAGAGGCUAAAUAUGGUAAAGAGGAGCCUCCAUUUCCACACUUCGCUGCCAUAGACGAACUAUUUAAUGAAGGAAUUGAACUCGUCAAAGGUGGAAAACCACCUUCUGCACUUGACUUACUAUUACCAGGAAUAGUGAAGGGUAAUAAGGGGGCUAGAACACUCAUGCGAUUCGACUCUCCUCAGUUGUUUAAUGGUGAUAGAUUUUCUUGGCUCAAGGAUGAAGAAUUUUCUCGUCAAACUCUUGGUGGUCUUAAUCCAUAUUGCAUACGAUUAGUUACAGAAUGGCCUCUAAAGAGUGAACUUGACCCUAAAAUCUAUGGCUCACCUGAAUCUUUGAUCACAAAAGAAAUAAUAGAAAAAGAAAUGGGAUACUUCAUGACGGUUGAAGAGGCUUUGAAGCAGAAGCGGCUAUUCAUCUUGGAUUAUCAUGAUUUGCUAUUGCCAUUUGUGGCCAAAGUGAGGGAGCUUAAAGGCACCACAUUAUAUGGUUCCAGGACUCUCUUCUUCCUCGUUAAUGGAAGCACCUUGAAGCCUGUAGCUAUAGAACUCACUCGCCCACAGAUCGGUGACAAGCCACAAUGGAAGCAAGUUUUUACACCAAGAUAUGAUGAUGCCACUCUUUGUUGGUUAUGGAGGCUGGCAAAAACACAUGUUUUAGCUCAUGACUCUGGCAUCCACCAACUUCUCUCUCACUGGCUGCGGACACACGCCGGUGUAGAACCAUACAUAAUUGCAGCUCAUAGACAACUCAGUGAAAUGCACCCUAUCUAUAGACUUUUACAUCCCCAUUUCCGAUUCACAAUGGAAAUCAAUGCUUUUGCCCGAGGAAAUCUCAUCAAUAGAGGUGGAAUCAUAGAAAACGCCUUUUCUCCUGGCAAAUACUCCAUGGAGCUGAGCUCUGCUGCUUAUGACAAGCUCUGGCGUUUCGAUAACGAAGCUUUGCCAGCUGACUUGAUCAAAAGGGGAAUGGCAGUGGAGGAUCCAUCAGCAAAGCAUGGUCUCAAGCUAGCUAUCGAAGACUACCCAUUUGCCAACGAUGGUCUUAUACUUUGGGAUGCAAUUAAGCAAUGGGUUACUGAUUAUGUGAACUACUACUACCCAGAAGCAAGCAAGGUCGCAUACGAUAAUGAACUUCAAGCAUGGUGGGAAGAAGUUAGAACUAAAGGCCAUGAAGACAAGAAGGAUGAGCCAUGGUGGCCUGUUCUGAAAACCCAACAAGAUUUAAUCCAGGUUUUAACAACCAUAAUAUGGGUAACUUCAGGUCAUCAUGCAGCUGUGAACUUUGGCCAGUAUGCUUAUGGUGGGUACUUUCCCAACAGGCCAACAAUAGCUAGAACCAAUAUGCCAACAGAGGAGCCAUCGGCGCCAGAGUUCAAAGAUUUCUUGAAGAAUCCAGUAUUUACAUUGUUGAAAUGCUUCCCUUCAAAGCUGCAAGCAACUAAGAUAAUGGCUACUUUGGAAAUUUUAUCGACCCAUUCACCUGAUGAGGAAUAUAUUGGACACUCACCGGACCCGUCAUGGGAAGCAGAUUCUGUGAUUAAGGCUGCAUACGAAAAUUUCAGAAAGUUACUGAAGGAGCUUGAAGCUACUAUUGAUGAGAGGAACGAAAAUUCAGAUAAUACAAAUAGAGCUGGUGCCGGAGUCAUUCCUUAUGAAUUCUUGAAGCCGCUCUCUGGUCCUGGGGCCACAGGCAAGGGUGUUCCCAAUAGCGUUUCAAUCUAA